UGUGUUACCUUCUGCAAUGUAAAUCGUUCUAAUACCAAUUUCAAUUGACUUCAUUUCUUUUUAGUGUGUGUGUAUUGUUAAUAAUCAUGUUAUGUUAGUGCUAAGAUGCUCAUUCCGUGUAAAUAUGCGCGGUCUCAUAAUUAUAGCACAAUACUUAGUGUAUUUCUAUGUCAAAGUAGCAACAAGUUAUUGCGUUCAACAAUAUACUACAUUAUGCAGAAUAUAUUUCUGGGUGGAAAAAAAUGAAUCGUUUUUGACAGCUGGUUGCUCCCCGGAAACAUUUCCUUUAGGGAAAAGACUGACCCGGAAAUGGACGUUGUUUGUUGACAGGAGAGCCUCAAAAAAAGAAAAGCGAAGCGAGAACCGUAACAUUGUCAAAUUAAAAAAUAAUAACAGAUUGACGAAAGACUUCCAUCCCGGCCCAGGCUUCGGCAGCGUUCCAAAGAAGAUCAUUUCCAGGAUUCCCCUUAUCUCUCUCUCUUUCUCUGUCUCCCUCCCUCCUGACCCACUCCCACCCAAUGCUCUUCUAAGCCUGUCACCCGCCCCGCCCCGCCUGGCCCGUCAUUCUGCUUGCCUGCGACGGAGAGGAGUAGCCAUGGCACUGGACAGCCCGGACUCGCUGAUGACCCUGUCCAUCAAGUACUGCCUGCGCAACCUGGAAGGGACGCUGUGCUACCUGCUGGACAACGAGACCCUGCGGCUGCACCCGGACAUCUUCCUGCCCAGCGAGAUCUGCGACAAGCUGGUGAACGCGUACAUGGAGCUGGUGCACGCAGACCAUAACUUCGAGCUCCAUCAGAGCUUCUUCCUGCUGUUCUCCGACCCCAGGAAUACCCGGCUGACCCGGGUCCAGCUGAGAGAGGACACUGUGCUGGACCAGGACCUGGAGGCCAUCGGCAGCCAGGAUCUGAUUGAGCUCCACCUCACCAACUGCGAGAAGCUGACUUCCAAGAGCCUGCAGACGCUGGGGAGCUUCCGACACACGCUGGUGUCCCUCAGCCUGUUCGGCUGCAGCAACCUCUUCUACGAGGAAGAGAACCCGGGGGGAUACGAGAACGACGACCGCCUGGUGAACCCCUCGCGCCAGGUGCUGGUCAAGGACUUCACCUUCCAGGGCUUCAGCCGGCUGCGGUUGCUCAACCUGGGCAGGCUGGCCGAGGGGGUGGACGUGGAGACCCUGCUGCGGCCCCUCAGCAGCCUCACCUCCCUGGACCUCUCUGGGAUCAAGCUCUGCAAAGCCACCUUCCUCACACAGUGGAAGGACAGGCUGUCCUCGCUGGUGCUCUACAACAUGGACCUGUCUGAGGAGCACAUCCAGACCAUCGCAGAGCUCAUACAGCUCCGACAUCUGGAUAUAUCUCGGGACAGGCUGUUGAGUUACUACAAGUUCAAACUGACCAGGAAGGUGCUGUCCAUCAUUGUCCAGAGCCUGGUCAACCUGGUCUCGCUGGACAUCUCGGGUCAUGUGAUGCUGGAGAACUGCGCAGUGCCGCAGAUUGAGGAAGCCAUGGGACGCCCCAGUAUGGAGCCCUCAAAGAGCAGCAUCUGCCCCCUGCAGGCACUGAAGAGGCCGCUGCAGUUCCUGGGGCUGUUUGACACCACGCUCUGCAACCAGACUCACAUUCCAGCCUACAAGGUAACAGGUGCCAAGAAUGAGGAUCAGAUCCUGAACGCGAUUGAGGCGUACACAGAGUAUCGUCCAGAGAUCGCAUCGCGAGCCAUAAACCACCUGUUUGACAUCGCUCGGAUACAGCACUGCAGCCAGCUGCUCCGGGCACUGCAGCUGGUGAUCGCGGCCCUCAGGUGCCACAAGUAUGACAAGAGCAUUCAGGUGACGGGCAGUGCGGCUCUCUUCUACCUGACCAACACAGAGUACCGCGCGGAGCAGAGCGUCAAGCUGCGCAGACAGGUCAUACAGGUGGUGCUCAACGGCAUGGAGUCCUACCAGGAAGUUACGGUCCAGAGGAACUGCUGCCUGACGCUGUGUAACUUCACCAUCCCGGACGAGCUGGAGUUCCAGUACCGGAGGGUGAACGAGCUGCUGCUCAGCAUCCUGAACCAGUCGCGCCAGGACGACUCCAUCCAGCGCAUCGCCGUGCACCUCUGCAACGCGCUGGUCUGCCAGGUCGACAACGACCACAAGGAGGCUGUGGGCAAGAUGGGCUUCGUUACGACCAUGUUGAAACUGAUUCAGAAGAAGCUAGUUGACAAGAUGUGUGAUCAGGUGAUGGAGUAUUCCUGGAGCGCUCUCUGGAACAUCACAGACGAGACUCCGGAUAACUGCGACAUGUUCCUGAACUACAGCGGGAUGAAACUCUUCCUGGAAUGCCUGAAAGAGUUCCCAGACAAGCAGGAGCUGCACAGGAAUAUGCUGGGGCUGCUGGGUAAUGUCGCUGAGGUCAGGUGUCUCCGACCACAGCUUCUCACACCACAGUUCAUCACCGUGUUCAGUAACCUGCUGGACAGCAAGGCGGACGGCAUCGAGGUGUCCUAUAACGCCUGCGGGGUCCUGUCCCACAUCAUGUUCGACGGGCCCCAAGCCUGGACCAUGGAGGAGCCAUUGAGGGAGCAGGUGAUGGAUCGCAUGUGGGCCGCCAUUCAGAGCUGGGAUGUGACCUCCAAGAGGAACAUCAACUACAGGUCUUUUGAGCCAAUUCUCCGCCUCCUCCCCCAGGAAUUGGCUCCCGUCAGUCAGCACUGGGCCACCUGGGCACUGUACAACCUCAUCUCAGUCUACCCUGAGAAGUACUGCCCGCUGCUGAAGAAGGAAGGGGGAAUCGUCCUUCUGCAGAAAGUCUUGGAGCUGGGAAAGUCCAGGCAGGAAACCAAGGAAAUGGCUCGGAUGGUCGUUGACCAGUGCAGCAACUUCAGAGAAGACCACAUGGACACUACAAGGUAAAAAGAGAAAAGAAAACGGCAGGAAGGCGCCAGAAAAAAAACAAGAGACUCCCCACUUUUCUCAGCAAUGUUUUUUGUCUUUCACAAUUUACUGUUAUUACGGGAGGAACUUUCGCUUCUCAGCCACGUUGCCGGAAGGAACCUCCACAGGAGACACCAGCAGGAGAUGGAGAGAGGGUGUUUGCAGAGAAGAGGGGCAUGGGGGGAGGGGUGGUUUUUAGUGUUGCACAGGGCAAACUUUACAUGUACAAGUGAUGAUUUUUUUUUUUUUUUAAAGGAAAAAAAAAAUAUGGGAGUUGUUUGUAUCUUUUUCUCUUACUGUGUUAAAAAAAAAAAAAAAAAAACAUGCUUCCGGUAUUUCUCCUAAUGUUUCACAGCUCUUGGGUAAAAGACCUUGAAUAAGCUUUGACUCAGAAACAGGCCCAGGGGCAGAGAAACACUGCUUGUCGAAAUCAUAUUGCUCAAUUUCCCUCCCUCCGCAGAGUUCCAGUAGCUGGCCUGAUGGCUUAACACACUAUUGUCUUCGUGCUUUGAACCCGUCCAUGGCCCUGGAGUGUGUGGCACUGUUGUUUUGUGGCUAUGUGGACAGAUAAUCCACGCAGAGCUGCACGAAACGAUGAUGUGAUCAUUCGGAUAAGCUCUCCACAGGUGAGGGGCAUUGGGUUUGGCUGAUCUAGUGAAGAAACAGCUGCUUGGGUUUGUGUGGAUCGCUGUUCUCCACAGAGUCUUGAGAAAAGCAGCGAUCAUCACAAAUCCAAGCAGCUGUUUCUGCAAUUGUUUCACUUGCAAGGGUAAAUCAGCCCAGUCCACCACAGUGACCCUCACCUAUGGAGAGCUAAUCUGAAUAAUGGAAUAAUCGUUUCCUGCAGCACUAAACCCACACGUCACGGUCAGCGUUUAGCGGCACUUUUGCACAUGCAUCGGAUGAGCGUGGAGACUGAACCAUCCUUUCACCCCCGUGGAGGGUGGUCCUCCUGGGCAGGGCUGAGGGGUUGACCGGCUAGGCACAGUUGGGAAGCACGUUGGCAUGCUUGCUCUGCCCUUAGGUCCGGUUGAUGUUGAAAUGAUUUAAUCCACAGGCCAUGCAGAACUUGCAUUAAUAGACAUUCAUCAGCAGGGGUCACAGCUGGGAGUGAUGGAACCUCCAAAUGCAAAUGCACAAUGUGCACCAGAAACACAUUGAACACACACAUGCGCACACUUACACACUCGCAGAAGAUUUGUACACUUUGUGAAUAUAACAAGGGGAAAAAAAGCGACAGAUUCCAACAACAUUUUAUUAUUGAAGCAGUAGCUGUCUCUGCCCUGGCCUGGUUUGAAUUCUGUGGUUUGAUUUUUUUUUUUUAAUAUUAUAUAUAAUACAAUCUAAACUUUUUUGUUUGUAUUUUAUGUUUUUUUUUUGUGAACUUGUAAAAACUUAGCGGGUGAUGCACGGCUGCUGUUUUUACUUUGACGAAUCACGUUUCAAUGUAAAUGUAUCUCCUUGUAAAACAAAAAGGUACCUCCUUCAAUGAUAAAUGUUUAUCGUUUCCCCCCCCCCUCUUGCUUUAUGCUGUACCGUUUUAGUAAGAUGAAAGUGAAUAUAAAGAGUUUGACAUGUGUUUGGGCUUGUCUGUCUGCAUUCUCACACACAUGUCCACCCCUGCAUGUCCU